GGUGCCGGAGGGAGGACGGGGCGGGCGGAAGGCGGCUCGACGUUUGCCCGGCUCCGGUGUCUCUUUCUCUCUUCCUCCUGCUGCCUUUGCAAAGCGCACGCCGCCAUGGCUUCGGCUCUCCGUCCCGGCGCCUCCUCUUCCCCCGCCGCCUGCCUUCUCCUGCUGCUCGGCUGCCUGGCCUUGCGCGGGGCUUCCGCGUGGCCCGACGAGAUGGAGGAGGAAGGCGAGGCCGACGACACGGACCCCCACGGCCGGCACCUCUACAGCGCCGAGAUGCUGCGCCAUGGCGUCCGGAGCGCACCGCACUUGGUCAUGUUCUUCGCCCCGUGGUGUGGGCAGUGCCAGAGUUUCCAGCCAACUUGGAACAAACUUGCCAACAAAUACAACAAAAUGGAUAAUCCACAGGUCUAUGUCGUUAAAGUGGACUGCACUGCAGAUAUGCCAUUGUGUUCUGAAUAUGGUGUCAGGGGAUACCCAACUAUAAAAUUACUCAGACGACACCAGGAAGACCAAAAAUAUCAGGGACCUAGAGAACUUGAGGACCUAGAGAGAUGGAUGUUGAAGAAAUUAAAAGAAGGAUAUGAUGAGGAAGAACCUAAACCGAAGCCAUCAAAAGGACCUGAUACAAAACAAGGUCUUUAUGAGCUCUCAGCGGAUAACUUCAAGCAACAUGUAGCAGAAGGCAAUCACUUCAUCAAAUUCUAUGCUCCUUGGUGUGGUCACUGCAAGGCAUUGGCACCCACUUGGGAACAGUUAGCUCUGUCCUUUGAACACUCAAAGUCCGUCAAGAUUGCAAAGGUGGACUGCACGGUGCAUGCUGCAAUCUGCUCAGAAAACCAGGUGCGGGGUUAUCCAACUCUGCUUUGGUUCAGAGGUGGACAAAAGGUUGACCAAUACAAAGGAAAGAGAGAUUUCGAUUCUUUGAAAGAGUAUAUUGAAUCUCAGUUAAAAGAUUCCAAGGAAGCCAUGAAUGCUGGCAAACCCACUAAAGCACCAAUAACUGAGGGCAAAGUUCUUUCCCUGUCUGAAAAGGAUUUUGAUAAAGAAGUGGCUAAUGGGAUCACUUUCAUCAAGUUUUAUGCUCCAUGGUGUGGACAUUGUAAAAACCUGGCUCCGGUAUGGGAGAACCUCUCAAAAAAGAAUUUUCCAGGGCGAGUAGAUGUGAAGAUAGCAGAAGUGGACUGCACAGCUGAACGCAAUGUCUGCAACAGAUUUUCUGUCCAUGGCUACCCAACACUCAUACUUUUCCGUAGUGGUGAAAAAAUAACUGAACACACAGGAGCCAGAGAUCUCGACACGCUGCACAACUUUGUUCUGGGACAGUCCAAGGAUGAACUGUAAAAAAAUGUUUAGUUAUACUGCUUCUUUAGCUGGGUCCAGUAAACUUGGAAGUUGAAUCAUGGUAACGUUAUUGGAUUUCCAAGAGUGGCCAUACGGGAAACUGGAUGUUCUAAAGCGUGGUACGGUCUGUUCAUAUGUUUGUAUUUCCUAUUAUCUACUCCGCUAAACUCGAGGGAAGGUUACAACAAGCAGUAACCGUUCAAAUUGGGAACUAGUAUUUAUAGUACUGGUUACAAUUAAUGAAUUCCCACUUGUCCUAGGAUGGAAAAAAAAAAAUGUGUUUUGAAACAAAAAUUAAGAGGAAAACAGCCUACAUCAGGACACAUUAGUUUCACUGCAAAUAACACAUUAGCACAAUAUCAAUUGCAUAAAAUUUGCAGAGUUUCAUCUCUCUUCGAAAACCAGAUUAGAAGAA